AUGGCGGAGGAAGAAAGACAGGCAUCGUCGCCACGGCGGCGGUGUUCAAUCUUGAAGCUCUUUCUCUGUCUCCUUCAGUUCCUUUUCUGCGUGUCGACUCCCACACUGCUUCUCUCUCUUGCCGCAUUGUAUCUCGUUCUCCCGCUCUUCGGCGACUCUCCGAAUGCCGGGUUCCUCGGCUUCGUCUUUGCGGAUGCGUCUCGUCUUCCAGCCUCGGGGGUCUUCUCCAGUUUCCCUGGUCUCUACUACGCACAGCGACAGGAAGCGUCGCACCCCCGCCCCUCUCACGCAUCGCACGCUGCCUCUCUCUCUACCGUCUCCUCUAGCCUCUCCUCGGUCGAACCGAGCGACGGCUGCAAGCGCCUCUCAACUGCUUUCUCGAUUCGUCGUCUUCCUCCGUCCUCUGAUGCCCGCUCUUCUUCUCUCUCCCACUCAUCGCGCCCUUUGUCUUCUGCUCCUGUCGCCUUCGCGGGACCGCGUCGUGCAGACCCUCUGUCUGUUGAGCAGAAGGGGAGUGGCGAUGUCGACACCCCCGAAGCGGCUCUUCAGCUUCCCUCGCUGCCGCCGCACUACACGAUCGUUGGCUUCAGAGUCCAAGGCUCCCAAGUGCUUCCCUCGCGCCUUGUCCGACAGCUUGAGAAGGAACUUCUCUCGAAACACGUCAGUCCCGCCUCGACGUCUUCCGCCUCGUCCACGUCCUCUUCCAACGCCCCUCGUGUGUCUCGUCGGUCUGCUUCGCCUUCUCCAGGUUCUCCCGCCGCUUCAUCCAAGUCCUCUGCAUUGUCGGCAGAGGAAAAUGAAGCCUUGAUCCGUACCUUCGUGGAUAUCGUGAACGCGUGGUACCUCGAAAAUGGCUAUUUGUUUGCGCACUUGGUUCCGCGUCCCCACUUCCUUCCUUCCAGCGUUCCAGUCAGCGCCCGUGGAGCCCCCGGUGUCUCGGCUGGCACUGAAACGACGGAGAAGCCUGUCCCCGCGUUCCUCAUUUCGUUCGACUGCGAGGAGCCUCCAACUGCAAAUCCCCCUCUCCACCUCGCCUUCUUCGCGCGACAGAGACCCCCGAAGACAGCGCCCGACUCGCCGCGAACACAGCUAGACACUGCCGAGAAGGCCGCGCAAUCGACCUCCGUGGAACACGACGCACACCGCUGCGAGGAACUCGUCGAAACACAGGGCACCCUGAACCCAGAGCUCCUCGCCCAUCACUUGGGCCUCGUCCCGGGCAAGCCGUUCAAGUGGGAUGCCCAGCGCUGGCACCGAGUGGCAACUGAAGCGGAUCUUUUCGCGGACGCACACGCGACUGCCGCGGUGCUUCCUGGAGACGGGGGCAUCCGCGUGGAAGUCGCCGCCGUAGAAAAACCUGCUUGUUCUCUUCGGCCAGGCCUCUCGUUUUCGUCUGCGCUCCGCGACGUCGAGGGACAGCUUCUGCUGGAACAUCGAAAUCUUUUCGGCACUGCCGCCCGCGGGAGCGUCGCCCUGCGGCUCUCGCCCUCGCUCGAUUUUCUGCCAGGACAGAAACAGACGACAGACGACGCAGUUUCACUUCCUCCCUCCAGAGCCCAAAGCUCUUCGCUCUGUGCUGAACUCCUCUUCAACUCUCUCUCGCGAGCAACAGACCGGGAGUCUGUCCGGUUGCUGGCCUCGGCGUCGUCUUCGUAUUCGCCUCCUCCCCUUUUGCCAUCGUCGCCUUCUCGGUCGAAUCCCAGUCUUCCGUCGUCUUCUCUGUUGUCUCGCAUUCUCUCCGCGCCGCCUCCGACGCCCGAGUCGCCGACGUCUGUCUCUGGUGUAUCUGCACCUCUGCCCGCCACUCCGCCGCAGACGCCGGCGCGUCUCCUCGUUCCCGCAGGUCAUUUUCGUGUGGGCUUUGCAGCCUCAGGAGAAAGGCGCUUGGGCGCGGCGGGGACGAUGUGGGGUGAGGCGACUAUCGAGCGGCGCAAGGGACUGUACGUCAACCUGGGACUCGCGGGCAGCGCCUCGCGCCAGGGCAGCGACUCGUCGAGGCUCCCCAGUUCGUUGGCGGAAGCGUCUGACACGUCACAUGUUGGUGAGAAGAGAAACGAAGACGCGCCGCAUCGCAAGGAGAGCCAAAGCUGGGGCGACAAGGUACGAAACGCUCUAGGCAUGCUGCAGCCUCCUCGGUUUGCACCGACAACGACUACAACCUCCGUCGCGAUGGUCUCUGCCGAUGACGUCGCUUCUCUUCUUCCCUCGCGGGAACGCGGCUCUGUGCUCACGGAUCCCUCGGUCGCCCACGAUGUCGCCAAGGUCGCAGGAGGUGUGCGCUUCCAGUUCUCUGAAUCGUCGCGUCAGUUUGGCCUGCCUCCCACGAGGUUGGCGCCGACCUGGGGCUUCGAGGCGUCGUCGUUCGCAGGCGUCUAUACACCGUACACGGCUGCCGACGCGGCAGCCGCGUUCGCGCCUCUUACGUCUUCUGGUAGCGCCUCAACACGCCCUGGAUCUCGGCCGUCGCGGGUGUCCCGGGAUCGUCCUCUUCCACCGCUUCCAGGUCUCGCGGGGUUCUCACCGCCUCGGCCUCACGUCGGUACCGCGCGGUCCUUUUCGCUGUCCUCCUUGGUGCCUUCUCGCGUGUCUGCGUUUGCCGCCAAGCUGGUGCCGCGACCGCUGAGAGACGAGAGCCGCUUCUCACAGAGAUGCCGGGAGGUGAAGGAGACGGUUUCUGCGGCCCUCGCCUCUGUCUCGCCUUUCGUCGCCUCCCGGGCGUGGGCGGCGGGUGUGUGGACGCGAACUGUUGCUCUCGCUAACCUCCCGUUUGCGCCUGUUCUCUUUGCUUCAUCUUUUCCGUCUGCGUCUCCGUCUCUGUACUCCUCUUGUCCGCCGCUUCCGUAUUGUGGAGCGUCCCUGUCGUUCGCGUCCCGUGUCUUUCCGUUUUCGUCUCUCUUUCUGUCCCGCUCCUCCUACGCUUCUUCCACCUCUCAAGGAAGGCUCCGAAGCCUUCUCUUACGUCCUCUGAUUUCUCUCGUCUCGCCCUUCGAUUUCUCCCAACUCGCUGUUCGGACUCGCCUCAACAUCGACCUUCUCCUGCCUCCACGUCUCCUUCUUCCUAUCCUCGCCAGCUGUCUCUCUCCCGCGUCGUCUUCUCCGUCGUGUUCUGCUCGUUCGUCUCCUCCGCUUCCUCGUCAGAUGUGGCAAGAUGUCGCAUGUCGCGGGCGUGCACUUUGGGCUCAGGUAUCCUCGCAUGUUUCUGCGUAUCUUUCCUCUUGUUCUUCUGCGCUUUCGUCUGCCGAGGCCGUCAACGCGUCUGUCGCGUCUUCCCUUCCUUCUUCGUCUUCCCUUUGCGUCCUCCCUCGUCUCUCCCUCUGCGCCUUUCCUGUCAUUCACCCGUCCACGGCGUCGCCCGCUGUUUCGCUCCCGUCGACCACUGACCCUCUUUCUCCCCCCCGCGAGGCCAUCGAAACGUCGCUACUCUCCGAGCCUGCCGCCGCGCUCCCCUUUUCUUCCUCGUCAACCUCUCCCAUGUCUUCUUCGGUUGCUUCGUCGGCUUGCUCCGCGCCAGCGAAGUCUUCAGAGCCUGCGGGCGCAGCGGGGAAGGCGCAUGCAGCUCCUGCCGUUGUCUCGUCCCUCCCCUCGCACGCAGACAGACGUCGGUUCCUCGCAAGCUCGCUACGAGCAGCUGCCGCGCGGCUGCCUCCCUGGGAGAUGCUGAAACUUUCAGGGCAGAAGGGCAACAGACUGCGCGCCUGGGGUGCAGAGCCCGUGGGAAUCUUUGAGGCGGUCGCGGAUGGCGCGAUCGAACUCAGCCUGCCCAUCGUCGCCAGGUGA